AUGGUCAUGGAACGGCGUGUCCAUUUGAAGAGGAGACCAGGACUACCAAAGACACGAGAAGGAUGCGUGACGUGCAAAACCGCACGUGUCAAGUACGAUCUGGCAAGCCCGUUUGCCUCCGUUGCCAGAGACUUGAGCUCGAAUGCCACUACGCGUCAAAAACGCCGAUCAAAUGAAAGACCGUUGCAAUUAAGCCGGCAAACGAGAAAAGGCUCAAAAGUUGCACCGCGAGUUUGCUCUUCCUUAGUACUCCAAAGCAAUCAAGCGUAUGGAGAGGUCCCUUUCUCCUGUAACCCGAGAUAUUCGCUCGGCACUGAUCCUCUGCCUGCUGACAAUACGUUUCGAAAGCUGGAAUGGAAACAUCCAGUCAGGCCUAGGACAAGUCCGGGUCGGUCUCAGCUUAUCCGGGAUGGCAAAAGACCAUGCCUCGUCCCGAACUUUUUGCCGGCAGAGACUUUCUCGUCGCAUUCUACCGCCUUGACAAUGAGAGCAUUAUGUUCAUCAACGAAGAGCCGAUACCAAUCAUACCCCCCUUGCCACAAGCUAGCCAACAGUUUCACGACCUUGUGGGAAGCAAAGACGCAGUUCGAAGUACUGCUUCGAGUGUUUUUUUAUUCGAUUGCGGACGCUUAUGCUUGGGGUUCACGGUCAAAGGAGGUGGAAUAUCGAGCGCCCGGAUGCAAACCUAUGCCGGCAUACCCCUUCGCCGAACAAAGACAGGGUUAUCUUUCAGCGUUCCGGCAAUUGAAUAAAACACUGCAGGUCUUAUUCAGAGAGUAUACUGAGGAUCAUCCCGACUACGCAGGUGCACUUGCGUUGCAGCUUCGCUUCAAGUCAAUUUGUACUUGUGUGGCAGCGGACCAUUUCCAAGGCAAGACAGUCUACGACGUCCAUGUCACCGAUUUCGACGAAGUCAUUGACUUGGUUGACAAACUGCCAUUAUUGAGAACGCAAGAAUCCCCAACAUACUCAUUCGAGGGCUCCUUAAUGGUCUCCGUUUAUGUCAGCGCGAUGAAGUGCCGGGAUCGCUCCGUAAGAAGAAACGCAAUACGCACACUGAGACGCAAAGAGCUGAGAGAGGACACUAUAGAUAGUGCACUGAGGGCAAGGCUUAUUGAGUUGCAGACGGCAGUUAAGGAAGCUGGCGCUGUGAGGACAUAUAUCCCUGAAGAAGCAAGGAUUAGGGGUACCAAAACAAAAUGCAAUAUGGAGCAGAGAAAGGGGGCCAUGACUUAUCUGAAGAUAGAGGAGGGGAAACAGAAUGUGUUCAAGCUACGAUCUCUGGACCUUGCGUGGUAG